AUGACAACGUCCUCCCUGAUAACCGAGUGGGCAAAAGCCUGCCAUGCAGACCAACUUGCCAACUAUCCGCCUGACAACGUAUCUACGCAACUCAUCGUCAUUAUCGACCAAACGCUCUCUUCUCAGACCUCACCGACAGCCUCCGCUGCCGCGACGGCAAACCUAAUUCAGUCUGAACACGACAUAACCCACGGAUUGUCAUGCCUGAUAGGCCUCUUCCUCUUCGCCGCUGGACAAAACACUAGUCUCGACUCACUAGAGCUCCUCGUAUCCUACCUCGUCGAACUAGCCAAACGACCCGAUGCCAUCAACGAGGGCCCCGAACCCAAGGUAUGGGACGAAGGCGGAGGCGUGAUGCACGAGAUACCAUCCGGUGCGCCAAUCAUUGUGGAAGGAAAGCAGCUAUGGGCCGAGUUACCGAUGUUAAGUUGGAACAUCACUGAAUGGUUUCAAGGACCUGAGCUGUGGACUCACAGCCAUUGUAAUCCAACAACACCAGAGGUUGCGGCGGCUAAAUGGGUGGACAUGAACAAGCUGAUCGCGAUCAUCGCACGAAAUCUUGAUGCCCAGGUUCUACCAUCACUCGCCGGUUACAUUAAUCUCUCCCGUAUAACUUUGUCCAUGGCACUGGAACAUAGUCCCAACACACGGCUGGGCAAGAACACGUCGAUACAUCUACCCGCCGCUGCGUUAUGGUUUUCGGUCGCGGGUGAGGAGCUGAAGAGGAUGUGUGAGGCCGGCGAGCAGAAGAUGGCUGCUGGAGAUAUUUGGGCAGAAAGAGUAAGGGAUAAAGGGAGCGGAGACAGUGAGGUGGUUGAUGUGACCAGAUUACAGUUCUGGAAAGAGAGGUUGGCAGAGUUACAUCAGAUGUGA